GACUCCGCGGCGGGCCUGGAGACCAUCGCGGCGCGCUGAGCCCUCCAGCCGGUAGGAUGGCCUCCAGCACCCCUCCUCUGAGCCCCUCUGAACCCCCGCUGGCCCCGCAGCCCCAGGCUCGAGCCCGGCUCAACGCCACCGCCUCCUGGGAGCAGGAGGGGAGCGAAGCGCCCCCGGCCGGCCCCGGCUCCGGACCAGGCGCUGGAGAAGCCUCUGCACCCACUGUGCCCGGCGGCCCCCGGGCCAGACGUGGAGAAGCCGUGGAGGGAGCCGGGCCCGCGAAGGGAGACGUGGAAAUCCCAUUUGAACACAUCCUGGAGAAGGCCAAGGCUGGGGACCCCAAGGCGCAGACAGAGGUGGCAAAACACUACCUGCAGCUGGCCAGCCACGCCGAUGAGGAACUCAACAGCUGCACCGCCGUGGACUGGCUCCUCCUGGCAGCCAAGCAGGGCCGGCGGGAGGCCGUGAAGCUGCUUCGCCGGUGCCUGGCGGACAGGAAGGGCAUCACUUCGGAGAAUGAGCCCGAGGUGAAGCAGCUGUCCUCCGAGACGGACCUGGAGCGGGCCGUGCGCAAGGCCGCACUGGUCAUGUACUGGAAACUCAACCCCAAGAAGAAAAAGCAGGUGGCGGUGUCUGAGCUGCUGGAGAACGUCGGCCAGGUCAACGAGCAAGAUGGAGGGGCGCAGCCCGGGCCUGUCCCCAAGUCCCUGCAGAGACAGAGGCGGAUGCUGGAGCGCCUGGUCAGCAGCGAGUCCAAGAACUACAUCGCCCUGGACGACUUUGUGGAGAUCACCAAGAAGUAUGCCAAGGGCAUCAUCCCCACCAACCUCUUCCAUGACGACGAUGAUGAGGAUGACGAGCUGGCCGGCAAGAGCCCCGAGGACCUGCCGCUGCGCCAGAAGGUGGUGAAGUACCCACUGCACGCCAUCAUGGAGAUCAAGGAGUAUCUGAUCGACCUGGCGUCCAAGGCGGGCAUGCACUGGCUCUCCACCAUCGUGCCCACCCACCACAUCAACGCCCUGGUCUUCUUCUUCAUCAUCAGCAACCUGACCGUCGACUUCUUCGCCUUCUUCAUCCCCCUGGUCGUCUUCUACCUGUCCUUCGUGUCCAUGGUGAUCUGCACGCUCAAGGUGUUCCAGGACAGCAAGGCCUGGGAGAACUUCCGCUCGCUCACCGAGCUGCUGCUGCGCUUCGAGCCCAACCUGGACGUGGAGCAGGCCGAGGUGAACUUCGGCUGGAAUCACCUGGAGCCCUAUGCCCACUUCCUGCUGUCCGUCGUCUUCGUCAUCUUCUCCUUCCCCCUGGCCAGCAAGGACUGCAUCCCCUGCUCAGAGCUGGCCAUGGUCUCCGUCUUCUUCACCGUCACCAGCUACAUGAGCCUGAGCAGCUGCGCCGAGCCCUACACCAGGAGGGCCCUGGUCACCGAGGUGGCUGCCGGGCUGCUGUCCCUCCUGCCCACCAUGCCCGUGGACGGGCACUUCAUGAAAGCGCUCGGCCAGACCUUCUUCACCGUGCCCGUCGGCCACUUCGUGGUCCUCAACGUCAGCGUGCCCUGCCUCCUCUACCUCUACCUCCUGUACCUCUUCUUCCGCAUGGCGCAGCUCAGGGGCUUCAAGGGCACCUACUGCUACCUGGUGCCCUACCUGGUCUGCUUCAUGUGGUGCGAGCUGUCCGUGGUCAUCCUGCUCGAGUCCACCGGCCUGGGCCUGGUCCGCGCCUCGGUUGGCUACCUCCUCUUCCUCUUCGCGCUCCCCGUCCUGGUGGCCGGCCUCACCCUCAUGGGCGUGGUGCAGUUUGCCUGGUGGUUCGUGUCCCUGGACCUCACCAAGCUCCUGGCGACCGCGGCCCUGUGCGCCGUGCCGCUGCUGCUGCGCUGGUGGAGCAAGGCCAGCCUGUCCGCGGUGGAGAUGGCCAAGUCCCUGUCGCGCAGCUCCAUGGUCAAGCUCAUCCUGGUGUGGCUCUCGGCCAUCGUGCUGUUCUGCUGGUUCUACGUGUACCGCUCGGAGGGCAUGAAGGUCUACAACUCCACGCUGAGCUGGCCGCAGUACAGCUUCCUGUGCGGCCCACGGGCCUGGAAGGAGACCAACAUGGCCCGUACCCAGAUCCUGUGCAGCCACCUGGAGGGCCACCGGGUCACGUGGACCGGGCGCUUCAAGUACGUGCGGGUGACGGACAUCGACAACAGCGCCGAGUCGGCCAUCAACAUGCUGCCCUUCUUCGUGGGCGACUGGAUGCGCUGUCUGUACGGCGAGGCCUACCCGUCCUGCAGCCCCGGCGCCGCGGCCAUGGCCGAGCAGGAGCUCUGCCGCCUCAAGCAGCUGGCCAAGCACCCCUGCCACAUCAAGAAGUUCGACCGCUACAAGUUCGAGAUCACGGUGGGCAUGCCAUUCGGCGGCGGCGCCAACAGCACCCGCGGCCACGAGGAGGACGACAUCACCAAGGACAUCGUGCUGCGCGCCAGCAGCGAGUUCAAGGAUGUGCUGCUGGGCCUGCGCCACGGCAGCCUCAUCGAGUUCAGCACCAUCCUGGAGGGCCGGCUGGGCAGCAAGUGGCCCGUCUUCGAGCUGAAGGCCAUCAGCUGCCUGAACUGCAUGGCCCAGCUGGCGCCCGCCCGGCGGCACGUGAAGAUCGAGCAGGACUGGCGCAGCACCGUGCACGGCGCCCUCAAGUUUGCCUUCAACUUCUUCUUCUUCCCCUUCCUGUCGGCCGCGUGAGCCCACCCCCGGUGGAGGAGGCUCUCGGGGGGCGCCGAGGGGCCUCUGCGCGGCCGACCCUGGGGCGCGGGGCCGCUCCGCCACUCGUGACGCCACUCGUAGG